AUGCAUUGUAGGGUUAAGAAGCAAAUAAAUUCUUACGAUAAAGAAAAUGGUACAAAAUUAACAUUCGAUAUUUCAGUUGACCAUAAUGAUUUUAGAUCAUACAUAAGAUGUAAUGGUAUAAUUAUGUUUAAUAUGGUUAAUGGGAUAGCACCUAUAUUAGGAUUUGAAAAACGAGACUAUCCUCCGGAAAAAGCUGUUUGCCUUGUGUGUCGUGAAACGGUUUCAGUUUUUAAAGAAUUUAAUAUCAAACGACAUUAUGAAACAAAACAUGAAGCAAAAUUCGGCAAUUUAAAAGGAGAAUUACGUGUUACUAAGUUAGAAGCAUUCAAAAAAGAUAUCCACACCCAAAAUGUUUCAAAUUUAUUUAAAAAACAAAAUUCAACUAAAACAAAUGUUGUACAAGCGAGCUAUAAAGUAGCGAAUUUGAUAGCUAGUGAAACUAAACCUGUACGUGUUGAAAAUAUAGGGAAUAACAUACUUACACAGCUACAGAACAAAGCACGAGAUUUCAAAUAUUUUUCGCUAGCACUGGAUGAGAGUACCGAUAUCACCGAUACUGCCCAGCUGCUAAUAAUUAUUCGUGGCAUUGAUAUUAAUUUUAAUAUAACAGAGGAGUUGGCUUCUUUAAAAAGUAUGCAUUAUCGAACAACAGGGGCUGAUAUAUUUGAAAAAGUAGAUCUUUGUCUUCAAGAUCUUAAGCUUGAUUGGAAAAAUCUAAGUUGCAUAACAACAGAUGGCGCUCCAAAUAUGAGAGGAGAGAAUAUUGGUUUUGUUGAUUCACUGUAUUAUUCAUCAGCAGGCUCUCUGUGGAAAAGUUAUAGGUCUCAUGGCCUUACUCAUAGACAGUUUCAAAGUUUUCUUCUCGAAAUAGAAGCUGAGUACAAUGACGUGGUGUAUCAAAAUCACGUUCGAUGGCUAAGCAGAGGAAAGGUUUUGAAACGAUUUUUUGAUCUACGAAAAGAAAUUGAAAUGUUCAUGAUCGACAAAGGAAAACAAAUUUUAGAACUUAAAGAUGAUAAUUGGUUGUGGGAUUUAGCUUUUCUUACAGACGUAACAACACAUUUAAAUAUUUUAAAUCUUAAAUUACAAGGACCUGGAAAAUUCAUAUUUGACAUUGAUUUCAGUCAUUUUGAGAACUGUCAAAUAUUUAAGAAUAACACAAAAUCAUUAUGUUCAACAAAUCGAUUUGUAUGUAUGUUAAACAAAUUGCAAACCGAUAUUUCAUCUCGAUUUUCAGAUGUUAAAUUACACGAAAAAUCGUUGCGUUUAUUUGAAAAUCCAUUCAAUAUUGAUGAAAUUGAUGUCGAUACUUCUUUUCAACUUGAACUUAUCGAGUUAAAAACAAAUUCAUUUUACUAUGAUGAAUUUCAAACAAUGAAAAAAAAUGAUAUUUUAAAAUUUUAUUCAACGCUUUCACACGAAGAUUUCCCUGCUUUGAGAGACAUUAUGAUGAAAAUGGCAACUGUAUUUGGCUCGACGUAUAUAUGUGAACAAAUAUUUUCACGGAUGAAACAAACAAAAUCAGUUCAUAGAUCGCGACUUACGGAUGAACACCUUCAUUCAAUUUUGAGGAUUGGAACAACUAAAUUCCAACCAGAUUUUUCAUUAUUAGUCAAAGAAACACAAGUUCAAAUUUCACAUUAA